AUGUCUCUACAAUUGGAAGAUCUUCCCUCGGUUGGGGGCUCCGGGACCUCCAUCAAGGUUCUCUUUGUCAAUCCCAACGCCACUGCCUCGAUGACCGCGUCUUGUCUGAAGAUGAUUUCCAGCAGUCUUCCGCCGGACACCACAGUCUAUGGAUAUACGGGGCCAGCUGGUAAAGCCCCGGUGACGAUCGAAAGUCACCUAGACUCUGUGAUAUCUGCAGCCGAGUGUCUCAGAGAUGCCUACCCUCUCUUCUCGCAGGUCGAUGCCGUGGUUGUUGGCUGCUUUUCGGACCAUCCGCUGGUCAACUGUAUUCGAGAAGAGUUCGAUAUUCCGUGCUGUGGAAUAAUGGAGGCUGCGUUCUACACUGCUCGGAUGCUCGGUGGAAAGUUUGGCGUGCUCUGCACCGGGUACCGGUCACAGAUUCGUCACCAGUACGCCGUCCAAGGCUACGGCCUGGAAAAGUUCUGUGCAGGUCUUUUGUCGACGAAGCUCACGGUCAAGGAGCUGGAGACGAAACCAAAAACGGAAGUUCUUUCGUUGAUGGCCAGUUGUGCAAAGCAGCUAGUUGAGCAGCAGGAUGCUGACUGUAUUGUUCUUGGAUGUGCUGGGAUGGCAGAUAUGGCUUCUGCCGUGGAACAGGCACUGGAAGGACGCAAUGUGCAAGUCGUCGAUGGAGUGUGCUGUGCCGUUAAUAUUCUAUCUGGGUUGGUACGUAUGGGGCUGAAAACGUCCAAGCGCGGACUGUUCACGUGGGCCAAGCCGGGAAGAGAAUUAAGGGGCCAGUCUUAUUUGUAA